AUCCAGGUGAGUAGCAGAUAUUGUGACUAUCUUCGGAAGAUCAUUAUCUCCGUCGAAUGCGAAUGCUUCCAUCACUGUUGCAAGUUCGUGGCGUGAUUGAACAAAGAUGCUGUCGUACUUACAUACCAGGUCCGCUCGCAACUACCCAUCUCUUGAAUGGCGUUGGGGGAGUCGUAAUCGAGUGAUGCUGUUCGUGAAUGCAGGGGCGCCCUUUCCAAUCUUGUACUGAGCGAUAAUCAAAGAAGAGGCAUGAACCAUCUCCGUUAGUGGUUUUCGUGAUUGGCUACAUACCCACCACGGUGGGUUGCCGGGACUCUUGGGCUUGGCAACCAGUUCCUGUAAUAAUAAUCUGUGUUGACCCUUUACGUUUGAAGUUGUUCUCACACAUCGCAAAGCGCAACAUGUCAAGCAAACUCGGGAACAUGACCAACUCGCUGUUGGACCUUCCACAGGCAUGGCAGGUCUGGCAGAUGAGUUCUGGGAAAGUCAAUGGUGACCUGAUGGAUCGCCUCGCGGGCUGGUCAAGUUGGCAGUACAUCGCAACUCUGGUUCUGGGAAUCAUCCUUUAUGAUCAAAUCAUGUACAUCAAGCGCAAAGGAUCAAUCGCAGGACCAGCAUUCAAAAUCCCACUUAUGGGCCCAUUCAUACAGGCCCUCCACCCCAGAUUCGACGCAUACCUUGCUCAAUGGGCCAGUGGACCUCUGAGCUGUGUUUCUGUCUUCCACAAAUUCGUCGUCCUUGCUUCUGACCGAGAUAUCGCCCACAAGGUCUUCAAGUCGCCUGCGUAUGCCGAGCCAUGUAUUGUGCCAGUAGCGAAAGAUAUCAUCGGACACAAAGCCUGGGUGUUCCUACAAGGGAAAGACCAUGCCGAGUACAGAAGAGGAUUGACUCCUCUCUUCACCGACAAGGCCUUGGCUGCCUACAUGCCUGUGCAGGAAAAGGUCCUUUCUGAUUACUUCGACAAGUUCGUCGCAGCCACGGAGCAGAACAAAGGUCAGGCGAUCGCGUUCAUGACCUUCUUCCGCGAAAUCAAUUGCGCCAUUUCAUGCCGUACUUUCUUCGGAGAUUACAUCUCCCAAGACGCCGUGAAAAAGAUCGCCGACGACUUUUAUCUCGCUACUGCUGCGCUUGAGCUGGUCAAUGUGCCCCUCUCCCUCUACAUUCCAGGCACCAAGGUCUGGAAAGGCAAGCGCACUGCGGAUGCCGUUCACCGCGAAUUCGCAAAGUGCGCAGCUGUAUGCAAGGCAAACAUGGCCAUCGGCUCGAAGCCUUCCUGCGUUGUCGAUUUCUGGGUCCUUCACAUGCUCGAGUCUAAUCGUUAUCGUGAGCGAAUUGCCGCUGGUGAGACCGAUGUUGAGAGACCAUCGAACUUGAUCCGCGAGUUCACCAACGAGGAGAUUGGCGAGACGCUCUUCACCUUCCUCUUCGCGUCGCAAGAUGCUUCCAGUAGUGCGACCACAUGGAUCUUCCAGAUUCUAGCCCAACGGCCCGAUGUGCUUGAUCGCCUGCGAGCAGAGAACUUGGCCGCAAGAGAGGGUGAUGCUAGCAAAUCGCUCGACCUGUCUAUGCUGAAGUCACUCACCUACACCAAUGCGGUGAUCAAGGAACUCCUCAGAUACAGGCCGCCAGUCAUCAUGGUUCCUUACCUGGCCACAAAGGACUUCCCGGUCACCCCCAACUAUACUGUUCCUAAAGGUGCCAUGAUUGUUCCGACUUGCUAUCCAGCUCUGCACGACCCCGAAGUAUAUCCCGAGGCCAACACCUUCGAUCCGGACCGAUGGAUCACUGGCGACGCCGAGAGCCAGACCAAGAAUUGGCUAGUUUUUGGUGCAGGUCCACAUGAUUGCCUGGCCAGACGUUACGUUCCGCUUUCGAUGGCUCUGAUGGUAGGAAAGGCGGCCUUGGAGCUCGAUUGGACACACCAUGCUACGGAAAGAUCGGAGGAGAUCAGAGUCUUCGCCACACUGUUUCCGAUGGAUGGCUGCCCGUUAACAUUCAAGAGGCGAUCUGCAACCACCUCCCGAACCUGAUAUGUCGCGAAAACUUUGCGAAUAUGUCAACUUCGGUGGCUGAAAAGUUUAUAAAAUGGGACAGAAACGUACAAUCGCCGCCUGAAAACAGAUCAGACGGGUGUUCUAAGAGACAAGCGAUGACGUACAGGAACGUGCGUCAUGCUAGCGAGCCAGAAGAGCCUCCAACACUGGUGGUGAGAUGG